GCUGCGAGAAUUUUCCAAGUCUGAUGUCUCACCGGCUGCUCCCGGCUCAAAGUGUUCACUUCAUCUCCGGCUGGCUGUGGGGAAAGAGAACAGCUCAUCAUGCUGAGGAGCGGCGCGUACAGGAACAUGCAGCAGGGAGAGGAGGUGAGGCUGCGCAGCGGGAGUCUGGCUCGAGACAGGAAGCACCUUGCUUUGUGCAUUAAUAAGCAGGAAGAAGUGAAGCGGUACCAUCGCUGCUGCAGCCAUGGUGGAGGGCAGCCGGUUCAGAAGAUGGAGAGAAGCUGCACUUGUAAGACCGAGGAAGAAAACAAAAGUCUUCAUCAGUGUGAUCAGCAGCAGAGCUUGGAGAUGAAGGCCACUGUGAUCCAGCGGGCCUGGCGUGCCAGUCUGUCCCGUAAAGUGAGCGUGGAGAUCCAGGACAACGACCGCAGCAGACGCCAGUGGGGGGAGACGCCGCCUCCAGAGAGCAUCGGUGACCCUGGGAUGGCCACCGAUGUUUUCCCGGAUCAGCUGAAGAACGUCCAGAGCAGCUACAAGCACCUGAACGAUGAAGCUCUCCAGCUGCAGAGGCGUCAUCUGACCAUGAACCUAGACAACAACAUCAACAUCGACCUGCCGCCCAUCGACAACGAGGUGUUGAUCAUCCAGCGGGCUUGGCGUGACUUUCUGCAGAGACAGGAAGUGGUGAAAAGAAGCCCCUCCCCACCUUCGCUCUCCUCCUCAGACAAGAUGAGCAUGUCAAUCAGCAUGAUGACCCUGUCAGACGGCUGCACUCCCGAUUACCGGGAGGAUGGCAUGGACCUGGGGAGUGACGCGUCCAGCCGCUCCAGCUCAGAGUCCAAUUCCAACAAGGUUACGCCGUGCUCUCCUUCUCUUGACCUGGCCACUUUGGAGGACUACAAAUCCUCCCCCUCCCCAGAUCUGGUCACUUUAGAUGACUACGAAGAGGAUGACGACUACCAAGAGUACAAGAAGAAGGUGAUAGAGGAGUGGGAGAGUGAGUACGGCGAGGACUAUGCCUCUCCACAGCCGCCAGGUCAGGAGGAAAGCGGAGAUGGCUUUAGUGUGACGGGCCUCGACGAAGGCUACAGGAAGGCAGUGAACGGCCGCAGCCUUGCGGUAGAAUUCCAGGAUGUGAAGAGCAUCCCGCCCCUGCCGGCCCCCGGAGGACGCACCGGCACCUCAGUAGCAGCCGUUUCCGAUCAACUGAAACAGAACGGGAACCUGAUUCCACCCGGGACAAACCGGGUCCCUUCCUCCAGCACACCGGAGGGAGGCACAGGGAUUCCCAAGCCCAGCCACCGCAGCUCCAGACAGGGCCGGGGGAGCCACAGCAGCGGCACGGGUAGAGGAGGAAGUGGGGGGACUGAAGGGGUGAUGUGUAGGUAUAGAGGGGAGGAGGAGGGGUUGGAGGAAGAACCCCUGCCCACCAUGGACUGGGCGGCCCUGGAAAGACACCUGGCUGGUCUGCAGUGCAGAGAGCAGCAGAACCAAAACCUGAACCACAACAAGAACCACAACGCGGGCAAGACCAACUACACCUCGGCCCAGAAGAAUGAGAGGGAGUCCAUCAGGCAGAAGUUGGCCCUGGGCAGUUUCUUUGACGAUGGCCCGGGCAUCUACACCAGCUGCAGCAAGAGCGGCAAACCCAGCCUGUCCUCACGGCUGCAGAGCGGCAUGAACCUGCAGAUCUGUUUCGUCAACGACAGCGGCAGCGACAAGGACAGCGAUGCAGAUGACAGCAAGACGGAGACUAGCCUGGACACGCCUCUGUCCCCGAUGUCCAAGCAGAGCUCCUCCUACUCGGACAGAGACACCACGGAGGACGACUCCGAGUCCCUGGAGGACAUGGACUUCUUGAGUCGACAGAAAAAGCUGCAGGCGGAGGCGAAACUGGCCCUGGCGAUGGCCAAACCCAUGGCUAAGAUGCAGGUGGAGGUGGAGAAACAGAACCGCAAAAAGUCUCCAGUGGCCGACCUGCUUCCACACAUGCCUCACAUCAGCGAGUGUCUAAUGAAGAGGAGUCUGAAACCCACCGACCUGAGAGAUAUGACUCUGGGGCAGCUUCAGGUUAUAGUAAAUGACCUGCACUCCCAGAUUGAAAGUCUGAACGAGGAACUGGUGCAGCUGCUGCUGAUUCGUGAUGAACUCCACAUGGAGCAAGACGCCAUGCUGGUUGACAUAGAAGACCUCACCAGGCAUGCUGAAAGCCAGCAGAAACAUUUGGCUGAGAAGACCCUUUCCAAAUAAGAAGCCCGUCGCUGCUCCUCCCUUUCCCUUUCCCUCUCUGCUCCCAAAACGAGUUUUUCCCUCUGACCAUUUUACCUGUGUCGAUCCAAGAACCCUUCUGCUUGUCCUGAGUACUUUGCUCCCUGCUGCAUCCCUUUUUCCUGCUUCUUACCCUCCCGUCCGCUCACAGACUUCACCGGUAGCAACAGCGCAGGAGAAAGACACUUGAGCUUCUCCCAGUGCUGAGGAUGGAGUAGCACUUCCUGCUUCCUGGGAGAAGAGGAAACUGAUUGUGUGUUGCCAUAGACUCUGUCCCCAGCUUCCUGUGCAGUAAUCAGCCUUGCUUUGCUACUCUUUGUUUUUAACUUUCUACAUUUGCCACUGAAUUAUAACUGUUCAAACACAAAAAUAAAUGAUAAUUAAAAAAAAGGUGGGAAAAAUAUUAAAUAAUAGCUAAAAAUGUAGAAAGUCAGUCAUGGGGGGAAACAAAAGAAACAACACUGUAUGAAAAAAAGCUAUUUAACGCGUAACUUCUUCAGAUCAUUUUAAGUCGGACGAUAAAGUACCGAAGCGUUUUUAUUCUGCACAAAUGGUAGUUUUCAACUGAGACGUGUUUUAUUUGAAGGUGCUAAAAGAGAGACAUGCCUGCCUUGUAGUGGACUUGUAGAGUUUGGUAACGCAUUCACUCUUCAACAUUUUGUGAAUGUUGAUUUUAUUUUUUUUAUUUUUUUUUUGGACACGAGUCAUUUUAAAUGAAUAAGUGUGUUAAUAUCAUUUUCAUCCUAUUGGAUUCAGAUAUUUUAUUUGAGGGGAGAAAUGUUUAUGUACAGAAAUGUAAAAUAAAGAAUAAACUUUGUUUCAUA